UCGCUCAUUUAUACGAGUUUUGUCACUUGAUUUUCUGAGGUGCCCUGAGAAGUUUUCUCUGUGCGUUUUCCUCGUUUUUUCCCGUGAAAUUCCAAUUAUUGCAAGAUGGUUGCGUGGCGACAGGCUGGUCUUACGUACAUCAACUACUCCAACAUCGCCGCCCGGACUCUGCGAAGGGCUCUGAAACCCGAAUUUCGGGCUGAUGCCGUUAAGCGGGAUGAGUCUCACAUCAAGUUCACCCCAUGGGCAAAUGGAAAGCCGAUAACUGAGAAGUAGAGAGAUGGUGAGCGAGAGAUGCUCUCUCUAGACCACCACCACGGAAUCCUCAUCCUAAUCUGAGCCCGUGAAGCGAGUCAUUUUGGAAUUAUGUUAGAGGAAUAAAUUAAAAGAUGUGAGAUGUAACCA